AUGAAGUCUUUCUUCCUUUUCACCACUGCCCUUCUCUCCUCGUCUGUCCUGGCGCAAUCAACUUCCCAGGCUGGAGGGCAAGGCGGCGGCGGCGGCAGUGUCCUUCCCGAGUGCGCACAACCUUGUGCCCUAAAGGCUAUCCAAGAUAGCAAGUGCGGCUCUGAGGAUCCCGGUUGCGUCUGCAAAGCUCCGGGGUUCGCCGAAUCCUACGUCAGCUGCGUCGGCACCAGCUGUCGCCCUCGUGAUGCCGCUGCUGCGAUUUCCGCUGGCAUUCGACUCUGCCAGGCUGCUGGCGCCACUAUCACCGCCGUCCCGAGCGCCACAGCUGAGUCCAAGGCUCCGGGACCAACAUCCGUUGCACCCGUUGUUCCCGCCCCGCCUGUCGUUCCAACUGCCCCUCCUGUCGUCACUCCAACUGCACCCGCGCCCAUUCCUGCUACGCCUGUUCCCACUGCUGGGGCCAACUCUCUCAACACUGGAGUCGCGGCUAUGGGAAUGGCCUGGGCUUCCAUGAUGUUCUUGUUUGCUCUCAUGUAA